UUCCAGUGCAUGACGCGAAAAGGAGAUGAGUUCAUGCGAUGCUAAUGUGAGCAGAUGGUGGUGCUCAGGCUCGCCCUACUCUUUCUCUUCGAACUUCGACUAACGAGGUCCGUUCUUGUUCCAAAUGUUUCCGUGGAGGUAGCCGCUGGUCCUAGGCCGGCGGCAAAUUGGCAGCCACGGAGCUCUUUGGCUGUCACGUACAGUGAGGUCUUGCAACCGUUGGUCAACAUUUCCAUAGGUGGUCAAUGGUUGCAGCUGGUUUAUGACAGCUCCUCUGCAUAUGCCGUGGCUUUCAUGAAGGAGUACAAUGCGUGCAUUCCAAACAACCUGUCGUCCUGCUUUUCGUACAAGGAGGCUGAGAAGAAUGGAGGAUUGCAUGUGUGCAUAGGCAACAAUGACCCGAAGGAGACCUGUGAUUUCCACUCGAAGGGCAAGUUUAUGUGCGAUAAGUAUUUAGCGAAUGUUUCGAACGCCACUUGCCACUCCGAUGGUUUGGUGAUCGAUGGCCUUCAAUACUACCAGAGAGGUUUAGAGGCCUUGGACGAUGUGAUGAUGGAAGUGGACUUGGGAGAGCGGCAGAUCUUCAGCUGGUCGUACGUUCCAAUCAGAUUACUGCAGAACUUCACGCCGAACUUCAAGGGAAGCAAUGUCUCGUUGGACCUCUUCAGAGGCGCAGAUGGAAUCCUGGGUGGCUCUGGUCCCUCCCUGUCCUGUCGAAACACGACGGUAUGGACUGUGUUGAUGCAGAAGCUGAACGUCAGCAGCUUCUACCUGGAUUUUCAUCCUCCGAAAUCAUCGAUUUUCAACGAUUCACUGCCGAGCCGCAUCGUGUUCAAUGAGGUGGAUCCUAAAGCUGCAAAGAUGCUUUGGAGUCAACCGAAGCAGACGGGGGACUUGAUCAACGAUGCCAUGCAUGAGAUGCUGAUCUACAAGCCCAAGGUUUGUGGAGUUGACUUGCUGUACAACGCUUCAUCCAACUGGCUAACCAUCCUUGAUACAUCUGGGCCGUGUCUGUCCUUUCCACCCUUCCUCUUCGAUCGCUUGAGGACACAUAUCCCUGUGGAUUGUCCCUUCAAGCAGGGCGACAUGUCACAGGGUCGCCUUUGCUCACCAGCACAGGUUGAUGGCCAGCGAGUCAAGUUGCCAAGCCUAAGCUUUCAGUUGGAAGAUUCCAGAGAGCCGAUGCCGAGUUCAAUUGACUUGGCCUUGGAGCGCCUGGUUUUCAGGAAUAGCUCUGGACAUGAGCUGCUGUGCGUGGCAAGACAAGACAACAAUGACAUUACGACACCUGCGAACAUGAUGUACUCAUAUGCGCACAUCGCGUUUGGUUCAAUGGUGGCAUCCGCUCUAAAUAUCGCAGUUGACAUGAAGAAUGGGAGCAUGGGUAUAUCGCCCAGAGGAAAUCCAAAAGCUGAAAGCUCGGAGGUUGGUUGCGCAAAGUCGCCCACUUGCGUCGGUAUGCAGAGCUGCUCGAUCCAAGACUUGGCCACAUGCGGCGUGGCCAUGCAGACGUUGGUUGCUUCUUUCCACCAAUGAAUGUUUGUGAGGAUCCUCCAUGCCACAACUACCUCUUCAUGACCGUCGACCAAGAGACCAAGACCUGUCGCUGGAGAUCCCCGAUCCCAAUGUUCUUCGGACUUCUGUUGGCCACGUUGGUCAUCUGUGACUUGGCCAGCCAUCGGCUCUACAAGCAAGCGAUCCAGCGGGCCAGGGAUUACAACCAGUAGAUGAAAAA